UGUGUGUGUGAGGGGCAGCUGAGAGAGCAGUUAUGAUGAAGAUGAAGGUGAUGACGAAGAGGAUGAGGGGGAGGAGCAUCCGGGACAAAGUGCGGUUGCGUUUGAGCUGCAGCAGCAAGUGGCUCAAGACUGGAGAGCACCCGCUGUGCUACGGACUCGUCCGGCGAAGCAGCCGAUGGAGACUUUCAGCUUGGAGGUUCGAGCUCUUCACAGCAUGGAUGUUCUGCUCAACCGGAUCCCGGUGUGACCUAUGGGGCGGCCGGACCAGCACCGACAAAAACCUUCUUGGCGCAUCUUCUCUCACCUUGAAUCCAAAAGGCUUCGAUCGCUUCGACAGCACGGAACAUUUUUGUUUCCUUCUCAGAUGGUGCCGUCAUGCCCGCUCUGGUUCUGCUUCUGGCGGUCCUGCUGGGCUCGGGGCGCUGCUGUCCCGGCGCGUGCACCUGCGACGGGAACACCAGCGACUGCUCGGGAGUGGACCCGAUCAACUUGAUGCCCCUCCUGUCUCUGCUGGAUCAGGACUGUGUGACGUUGCGCCUCCUGCGGAACAACCUCUCCACCCUGGCGUCCGUUGACUUGACCAACCUCACCGGCCUGGAGGUCCUGGAUAUUUCCCAGAACCGGUUCUCCAGUCUGCCCUCGGGAGCCUUCUCAAAUCUGGCUCGCCUGCGUUGGCUCAACCUGUCCACGAACCUUCUCGGAGCGCACAUGUCCGCCGCGGACGACGGGACCAGGGAGGUGGAGCGGGGCCUGAACGGGGAGGUCUUCAGGGGUUUGUGGUGGCUCCGGGGUCUGGACCUGUCUUCCAACGGCCUCCCCUGGCUGCCUACGGGCCUGCUGGACGGACUCCAGAGGCUGUCGUGGUUAUCGCUGGCCAGGAACCGUCUGGCCGUCCUGGAGAGGGUCACUUUUGAGCCUCUGACGGGACUCAAGCAGCUCGUCCUGGCCGGGAACCCCUGGGAAUGCGACUGCAAGAUGAGGGGCUUCAAACACUGGAUGGAGUGGUUGGUCUACCGAGAUGGUCUGGUCGACGCCAUGACUUGCAGUCUACCGAGGAACUUGUCGGGCCGGGACAUCCGCGGGGUGCCAGCCGAGAUGUUCGCCCGCUGCAUGCGGAGCGCCGCCGGGGACUCCGGCACCAGGGAGUCGGCGUCGGGAGACCCGGGCCGCCCCUUGUGCCCGCCGGGCCGCCUCAGCGGCACGGACGAGUGCGUCCGGCCGCGCUACCGUCCGCUCAGCGUUCGACGGGCUCACGGUACGCAGAUCGUGGCGGGCGUGGUGUGCGGUACCGUGUGCAUCAUGAUGGUCGCGGCGGCCGCCUACGGCUGCGUCUACGCCUCGCUCAUGGCGCGCUACCAGAGGCACCUGAAGAACCGCGGUCAGCCGCUCAUGGCGCCGUCCGGAUCGGACGGCGACCCGGAAGACGGGCCGCCGCCACUGGAGGAAGCGCCGCCCAAAGAGGCGUGCGUGGUGCACGGGUACCGCAUCAGCAGCUUCUGA